CUUGUUCCUGAUCUGCCUGACCUUGAUGUGGCAGUCGAGUGUUAUGGGGCUCGGUGACAAGUGGUCUCGACUGGCAGCUUUAACUGUUAAACGUAGUAGCUACGCGGGGCUAGCAUUUUCUGUCCCGAUAUUCGGCUCUCUCGUCUACUAUGUUUACUUACACAAUGAUAGUAAACGAGCAGUUUACAAUCAUAUUUUAACAGCCAAAAGAUUCCUGAGAGCUGUUUAUACUGGGACUCUUAUUUCACUAGACUAUAAAUGGACUAUGACCGUAUAUCCACAUGCAAGUAAAGUCCGUUUAUAUAUGUUUUUGUGUUGUCCUGUAUCUUUAGGGUUCUAAACACUAUCAUGAUGAACUGACGAAAUGUCAUCAAAGAGCAGCAGACAGAAUAUUACAAGGUUGUCUUCAUAAUGGAGGUUUAUAUAUUAAGAUGGGACAGGGUUUAGCUAGCAUGAACCAUGUCUUACCUAUUCAGUACACGGAAACGUUGGAAAAGUUGCAUGACCAGGCACUUGUACGUUCAACGGACGAAAUAUAUCGAAUAUUUAUGGAAGAUUUCGGAAAACUACCUUCUGAAUUAUUUGCUAGUUUUGAGUAUAAGCCAUUGGCUGCGGCUAGUUUAGCUCAAGUGCAUCGUGCUGUUACACAUUAUGGUGAACAGGUUGCAGUGAAAGUUCAGUAUGAAGAUUUACGUGAUCGAUUUGAUGGUGACUUGAUAACCCUUGAAUUACUUUUGAAAUUAGUUGAAAAAAUGCAUCCUAAUUUUGGAUUUGCUUGGGUUUUGCAAGAUAUGCGCGAAACAUUAGCCAAAGAACUUGAUUUUGAAAAUGAAGCAGAUAAUUCUGUUCAAUGUUCUAUCGAUUUAUCAGACCUUGGGACUUUAGAUAAAAAUGGCUCUGUCCAUGUACCUUGGGUUGAUCGUAAACUUACCAGUAAACGUGUUCUUACUGCUGAAUUCAUUGAUGGCAUUAAAAUUAAUCAAGUGGAUGCUCUACGUGAUGCUGGAUUUUCGUUAUCUGAGUUGGACAGUUUAUUAGUACGUACAUUUAGUCAUCAAGUAUUUUGUACCGGUUUUGUACAUGCUGAUCCUCAUCCAGGCAACUUGUUAGUACGACAUAAACCUCAAAUUAAAUUGAAUGUUUUCCGGAAAAUUAAAUCAUCCAUUCACUUUAUUCCACAUCUCAUAUCUAGUGCGAUAUUAUGGAUAGGAUUUUUAUGCUAUUUCCCUUUUAGUAUCGUGCAGAAAUUAACAAAUCCUCAUCAUAAACUCACAUAUCCAAGUCGAAAUACUACUGAAAUUCAGUUAGUACUUUUAGAUCAUGGUCUAUAUGAUACAUUGCCAUGUGAUAAGCGUAAAGCUCUUUGUAAAAUGUAUCAAGCUAUAUUAGACUCUAAUGAGUUAUCAAUGAGAGAAGCUUCUUCCUUUCUGGGCGUUGAAGAUUGGUCUACUUUCGGAGAGGUUAUUGUGCAAAGACCUUGGCGUCGUCAAACUCUUAGGUUACCGUCACAGCUUUCAGCAGCUGAUAAAGCUUAUAUACGAGCUACAGCAGUGGAACAUUUUGAUCGAGUUAUGUCGGUUCUUGAACAGAUACCACGUCCAAUGCUUCUAUUUAUUAGUUUUAUUUAAUUGUAGGAAUUUAAAUCUUAUUCGUUCUAUAUGUCGUUCACAUGGUGAUCCAGUUGAUCGUCAUUCUUUAAUGAUAGGUAGUGCCGUUCUUGGUAGUAGAAUUACAACUUCAUAUUCUGGAAAGUUAAUUCCUUUAUCAUGGAAGGAUAGAUUAGAGGUGAAUAUUAUACUGCAACGGUAUUAUUGGAAAUUAAGAUAUGAAAUGUUAUAUGUAUGGAUUGAAGGUUUAAUCUACCAAUUAUUAUAUGCUAUAGGUCAGGCACCUGAUAUAAAAGAGUUAUCAUCAUUGUAUAAUGCUUCAGUUCCUAAAAGUUUAUCAGCUAACAUUUAACUCUUAAUCUUAUCAAAUAUAUAUAUAUACAUAUAUAGAGAAACGAUGAUCAAUUUUAUGCAAGAAAGAAGUCAUUACAUUAUUAUUUUCAGAGGAAAAAAAGGUGCCUUCAUAUUAUUAAUUUAUUCAAAUUAAUAUUUAUUUUAUGCUUAAUCGUUUAUCAUUUCUUCACUCUCUAUCCUUGGUCUUUUACAGUGUUCUCUUUUCAUUUUUGUAACUUGUUUCAAUCGUUUGUUUAUGUGUUCAUAAUUGACUCAUGUAAUUUCUGUAAAUAUAUCCUUCUAUUGAACAUGUGUAGAUCAUUGAUAAAAAUAUAUUAAUUUAAUGUCCAUUAACAACUGUAUUACCACUUUUUAUGCUUGAAUAAUGCUUCAUACUUAUAAAUAGUAUAAUUUUUAGUUUAAAUUUAUUGACAUCUUCUAUUCAGUCCAAUCUAAUGUUCGUGCUCAUUGUUUUCUAUGGUACACAAUACAUAA